CCUGCUUAUACUCGCACAAAACCUACUCGGUUUCUUCUCUUUGAACAACAAUGGCUUCCUCUGUAACCCCAACACCAAUUUUGAAAGAUGAACUCGAUAUCGUCAUACCCACGAUUCGAAACCUUGAUUUCCUAGAGAUGUGGAGGCCAUUCUUUCAACCUUACCAUCUAAUCAUCGUACAAGAUGGCGAUCCUUCAAAGGUCAUCAAAGUCCCCGAAGGCUUCGAUUACGAGCUCUAUAAUCGUAACGAUAUCAACAGAAUCCUGGGUCCUAAAGCUUCUUGUAUCUCCUUCAAGGAUUCUGCUUGUCGUUGCUUUGGUUACAUGGUGUCGAAGAAGAAGUACAUCUUCACCAUUGACGACGAUUGCUUUGUUGCAAAAGACCCAUCUGGAAACGACAUCAACGCACUCGAACAACACAUCAAGAACCUCCUCUCUCCAUCAACCCCCUUCUUCUUCAACACCCUCUACGAUCCAUACAGAGAAGGCACAGAUUUCGUCCGUGGGUACCCCUUCAGCCUCCGUGAAGGUGUCCCCACCGCAGUCUCCCAUGGCCUCUGGCUCAACAUCCCUGACUACGACGCCCCAACUCAACUAGUCAAACCCCGCGAAAGAAACACCAGGUUUGUAGACGCAGUUUUAACAAUUCCAAAAGGAACCCUAUUCCCGAUGUGUGGAAUGAACCUUGCUUUUGAUCGAGAACUCAUAGGCCCUGCAAUGUACUUUGGUCUAAUGGGCGAUGGUCAACCAAUUGGUCGCUAUGAUGACAUGUGGGCAGGGUGGUGUAUGAAGGUGAUCUGUGAUCAUAUGGGGUGGGGGGUGAAGACUGGUUUACCCUACAUUUGGCAUAGUAAAGCUAGCAACCCUUUUGUGAAUUUGAAAAAAGAAUACAAAGGGAUUUAUUGGCAGGAGGAGUUGAUCCCAUUUUUUCAGGCGACCACCCUACCAAAAGAGUGCACCACCGUGCAAAGCUGCUACAAGGAGCUUUCAAAGCAGGUGAAAGCUAAGCUUGGGAAGGUUGAUGACUAUUUCAACAAGCUUGCUGAUGCUAUGCUGACGUGGAUUGAAGCUUGGGAUGAGCUUAAUCCAUCUGGUCAACAAGUUGUUAAUGGGAAGUGAAGUUUAGGGUUUGAAUUUUGAAACAUUGAAGUUGAUCCAUAGUUGAAUUAUUUGGUAGUAUUGCAUUAGGUUUAUUAAUGAAUUAUUUAUAUUUGAGUUAUUUUUGUAAGGUAUUUGAGCAUUUGAAUUUUUGGAGUAUGGAGGGUUAUGAUGAGGAUAUUUAUUAUUAUAUAUAAUACCUUUUGGGAUUGAUUUUGUUCA